UCUGAUAGCACGUGUUGCGGUUGUUCUCGUUUUUCCAAUUUUAUUCUGGCUUCAUUUAAAAAAUUGAGCUAAUAACACAAUUAAUACAGUUUAAUUUAUAUAAAUAUGGCUAUGCUGGCGGAACCACGACGCCGCAAGCGGUACAACUUGUGUCCGCGCGGCAAGGCGCUCUAUGAAGAUGAGAACCGCUUCGGUACCAAAAUGCUGGAAAAGAUGGGCUGGACAAAGGGCAAUGGCCUGGGCGCCAAGCAGGAUGGUGAAAAGGACUUUGUACGCAUUCGCUUCAAGAACGACGCCGAAGGAUUGGGUUUCGAGGCGAGGGAUGACCAGUGGACCACUCACGAGGAGGGAUUCAAUGGGCUUCUGAAAUCACUGAAUGGCGAAGAAAAUGAGGCUAAUGGCAAGGAAUCGGAACCCGAAGAGGAAGCCAGACCCAUGGGAUUCGGCUUCAAAGCCGAGGAACCAGAGGAGCCAUCUAAGAAGAAACUUAAGGAGAACACCAGUGGAAUGUCGCUGGAGGAGAGGUCGAAACAAAGCAGGGCCCGAGUGCACUAUAAGAAGUUCACACGCGGCAAGGACUUGUCCCAGUACAGCGAAAAGGAUUUGGCCAACAUAUUUGGCAAGAAGGCAACCGACGAUAUCGAUGCACCAGCUCCCGUGGUGGCUCUUGAAGAGCCCAAGGAGGAAAAGAUAGUUGAUGCCAAUUUUGCUGGCGUGCAAACCGUAAGCACGGGCCUUUCUGUCAGUGAUUAUUUCAAGCAAAAAAUGGAGGCCAUGAAAAACAGGCUGAUGAAAGGAGGUGAGGACAGUUCAACAAAGGAUCAAGACGAUACUAAGGCUAAUGUCCACGAGGAGAAGCUCGAGGAAACCGCAACAGAGAAUGGCCAAGAGUCCAGCAAAAAAAAGAAGAAAAAGAAGGACAAGGAAAGGAAUGUCGAGCCACCAGUUGCAGAGGAAGAAAUAGAGCAGAGUGCUCCCAAAACUAAGAAAAAGAAGUCUAAACGGUCGUCUCAAGAUGAAACCGAGCCAACAGAGACCCUCUGCGUUGAGGAAAAACUAGUAGAUAUCGACGAAUCGAACCCUCAAAAGCAAAAGAAAAAAAAGAAGAGCAAACACCAAGAAAAUACAGAAGAUGUGACAGAAAUAAUUGAAGAGCCUGCAUUAAAAAAGAAGAAGUCUAAUGGAAAUAAAGAAACUGCUGAGAAUUCAAUAGGAGCCGAAGAAAAAGAAGAACGUGUCCCAAAAAAGAAGAAGUCCAAGAAGACUGAGUUGGUGGACUCUGAAGUAAUUACAAUUGAGGAUGACUUAGCAAAAGAUACAGAAUCUAUAACUUUAGAUAAAACGAAAGAAACUGCAGAAAAUUCAAUAGGAUCCGAAGAAAAAGAACGUGUCCCAAAAAAGAAGUCCAAGAAGACUGAGUUGGUGGACUCUGAAGUAAUUAUAAUUGAGGACGACUUAGCAAAAGAUACAGAAUCUAAAACUUUAGAUGAAAAAGCUAGUAAGAGGAAAAGAAAAUCUAAAAUCGCCGAAGAUGCCAACCAACAAGAGACGGUAAACACUGAAAUAAACGAAGAAACCUCUACAAAAAAGAGAAAGAAGUCGAAGGAAGAAAAUAAAAGUGUUGAAACCGAUUUGAUCGAGCAAAACGAAACACUGCCUACCGAAUCUGAAGCUAAUGAAAAAACCUCUAAGAAGAAAAGGAAAUCCAACAAUUAUGUGUACCCCGUACCUGAACUGCGGAUUCCUGAGCUCGCUCUAGCCGUGGAUGCGGUAGUCAAUAAAGGAGGAAAGCACACGAACAACGUAAGUGCUGGCAGUAAAUCCUCCGGCGAUAAAAGCGAUCAGUCAGCGAAUCUGCCUAACGACCUCUUAUCACUGGAAGAGAUCAAAGAAAAACUAAAAUUAUUCAAUACUUGUCAAAUUUCUCAAUUUUGUGCAGAAAAAUUCCAAAUUUUCGACCUGAGUGCGUUUAAAAACUCGACGCUGAGCGAGAUCGUGGGCUAUGGGACCAGCGAUACCAUCGAGCUGGAGGUGACUAAUAAUAAGGGCGAUGAACGGCGAAUCCUUGAUCUUUGGAACAAUAAAUCCCUUACAGAAGCUAUGAAAUCUAAGCGGCAUGCACGUUAUCCGGGGACGGUGAAGCGAAACACUCUUCGAGCAGUAAAAAAAAGGGUCGCAUUUCAAGGAAUUUAGUUCGAGCAAACGAAAUAUAAUUCAACAUAUUUCUUAUU